AUGUCAGUUCUUGUUUAUGUUGCCACGGUCACAGACACUGGAAACACUCCUCGAGAGACUCAGCGGCCAAACAUGCUUUACACUAUUUCUACGCUCACUCUCCACCACUUGACCUCCCCAUCUGCACUCACCCAACUACACCACGAACGCGGUUUCGCGACCUUUCUCAAAGCAAUAGCCGCAUCUAAUCAUGGCGGUCGUCAGCGGCUCUACACGCGAGGCAUUAGACGCUAUUAUGUGCGUCUCCGACCCCUUUCACCACCUCCGGGCUGGGUCGGUCUCCUCCGCACGAGUCGUCAAAUCCACAGCGAGACCGCGAAUCUUCCCUUGCCCCUUAACAGUUUCCACAUCUCUUCGCCGGAGCACUUGAAAUGCCUCUCACACACGCUGGCACGAUCGCGCAUUUCAAUCACGAAGCUCAGACUGGAUGUGAAGCCUAGGUUCGAAUUGUGGCGUGAUCGGUUUCUUCUCCCGAAGAUCCUUCCGCAUUUGAAGCUGCUGGAGGUCACGUUUUGCUCUCACAGGAAGCCGAGGUUGGUAAAUGUCGAAUUCUUGGAGGUAUUGUUUAACCAGAAGACGCGGAAGUGGUUCGAGGACGGUUGUAAGGGACUUUUGGAACUGGUCGUCUUGUCCGGCGAUGACACGGCAUACCACACGAAAAGGCAAAAGAACCACGACGAAUAUCAUGACACAUUUCAUCAAGGAUACAUUCCCAUCUACCUCUCCCCACCUCUCCCCACUACAGCGCACUCAACACACUCUGCACCCCCACACUCCCCACAUCCUCCCUACACCUAA